CGCAAACUUCGUCCUUCUGGUUUCAAGCGGUUUGUGACUUCGAAAAUUGAUCAUUAGCUGCGGCGGCAUUUCGGUCGGGGCGAAAUACAAGAACGCCCAUGUACCGUGCAUUGGGUGUACGUUAAGGAAACCUAGGUGGUCACAACUAACCCAGAGUCCCACACUCUACGGCGUGCGUCAUAAUCACAUCGUGUUUAUGGCACGCGAAACCCCAGAAAUUAUUAAGUUGAUAAUUUUCAACAGAACAUUGAGUUAAAAACGCAAAAAAAAUUCGCAGCGAUGACGCAUGUGCGCGGACUCUCGUUGCUUUCGUAAAACUAAGAAAAGAAGAAAAAAAAACACGAUUUCUUGGAAAUUUACAAAGGUAAAGCCCGAUAAAUAACGCCACAAGAACGCCUGAAGCCACAAGCCCGAAUGUUAGAAAACAAUCUAUGACAAGUUCACCAUUCCCAUGGCAUGCUGAACGAUUGCAGCGAUUUUAUGGAGGAAGCCUCUAUGCCGCUGCUUUCUUUUUCCGGUCCUCGUUCCGAUGCCGUUGGAACGGUGCAGGUCGACGGACUCCUUCAAAGACAGCCGGCAGCUCGAGCGCGAGUUCGGGCACGCCGCAACCGCCGUCGGAGCGCAUUUCCUUGGCGGCCAGCGCGCCCUCGAGCGUGAGAAUGUACUCGGACGUCAGCUCACAUGUCGCCGCAGUGCGUUCCGUGCCGUCGACGGACCAAGGCCUACCGCAGCAGCAGCAGCAGGCGUCGACCAGCAAGACUCCGGCCGGCUCCAUCGUCGAGAAAUUCAAACAGCGGGGAACCGUGCACAUGAACGUGAACCUGAACAGCGUCCCCGGGCCUCUACAGGCGGGGAACAGGGCAGCGCUUGUGCCGACGCCCACGUCGCGAAUGGCGUCCGUGGACGCCGUGUCGCCACUAGACGCGGACCUCCGGAAAGCCGCCAUGCGCGACCGCAAGAUCUCCAUCUACGAGCGCGGCAAGAAGUUGCGGCCGGGCGAGGACGACCUCAGUGCGGCCGCCAGCGCGAUCGAGCCGAGGAAGCAGCUUCGAAAGAAGAGCUCCAUAUUCGGCGGCAUCCGGGAGUUCAUCAAACGACGAUUCACAACGAGCACCUACGUGGACAGCAGCUACCUCCAAGAGCGGAUUGCCUGGGAGAAAGAGAGGUACACCGCCAUUCAGAAGGAUCUGCUAAUCGGCAUCGCCCUGACCGCCAGCGUCGGCUCCAUCACCAGCUUCCACGGGAACGACAGCAACAUCGUCCUCGGCAAGUACUACGCCAACAACGGUGACCGCAAGGACCUGACUACGAUACGAUGGCUGCUGGUCACCCUACCAGUCGCCGCCAGCGCUGUGGCCUUCGCCUGGAGCCUCCUCUUGACGGGGUACCUGGAACGAUACGACGCCGAUGAGGACGAGGACGCCAGAUACGCCAUCAGCCACGUGCUCAAACACAAAUACUACGAGAUCAGCUCCUUCAGCCUCCGAGACAUUGUGAUCCUGCUCUUCACGUUGGCUUGGUGCGCCAGCAAGAUCGCAUACGCCCACGAGGAGACGCUGACGGAAGACAGAGUCUUGCACGCCCCCACGAGCCUGUUGCUGGGCGAGACGCUGUUCGUGGCCCUGUUCUCGCUGCCCGGGGAGCUGCAGUUCUGGCGCGACGCGUCGAACGAUGCUUCCGCCAGCGGCAGCGGCAGGCUGGCCAGCUGGAGCCGCCUAGCUUCCAGCAUGCCCUGGGGUGUGCUCAUCGUCUACGGCUGCGUGCAUAGCAUGCUCAUCGCAUCCAGGGUGUCCGGUUUCUCGGCGCUGGCGAGCAACGUCAUCCUGCGGAUGAAUGACCUGGAUCCGGUGACCAACCAGUUGAUCCUCACCUGCGUCGCUGCCUUGCUCACCGAGGUCGUCAGCAGCACCACCACGGCAUCCAUGCUCGUGCCCCUCGCGAUAACGCUGGCCAAGGAGAGCAACGCGCACCCGCUCUACCUCGCGAUUCCCGUGACGGUGGCCUCGAGCACGUCCCUGCUGACGCCCGUCGCCUCCACGGCCAUCACUGUCGUGGUCUCCUACGCCGAGAUCAGCAUCGCCGAUCUGCUCAUCCCGGGGCUUAUGAUCAAGGCCUUCGUGGUGACCUCGGUACUGCUGUCGGUCAACACCAUAGGGGAAUACGUCUUCAACUUCGACGACAUCGCCUACCCCUACGUCACUGCCCGCGUGAACUAUUCUCUUGUUUAG